AUGACAAUCUGCAAGUUCCGAACCUGGGCAUGUACUUUCGAUUUUGUCUGCUAUCGAAGUGCUAGUGAAGGUCAAUUUGGGAGUAGUUCUGAUGCUGAUGCUUCAGAUCGUAGGUUGUAUGUGGAGAAUGUGAAGAGAAGUGAGCGAGAGUUUGCUUCUAAUGAAAUUCUACACCUUAUCAUCCAGAUAUUCAGAAAUUUGCUCGAUGACAGUGAUGUCCUGACAAUGAAGUUGUUUAGAAAUGAGAAACUGCAUGAUGAAGUAACCAAGGGAUUUCAGGAAAUCCAAAGUGAAGGAGCAGAGGAUUGUGUAUUGCGCCAGCUUUUUGUGACUGUCAGUGCCAAAAUUAUGUUUGCGGUUAAACAGCACGUAUCUCAACUUAGAAGCUCCAGCAGUGGUGCAAAACAUAAAGUUAAAAGCUCUUCAGUUGAUGAGAUUGUUGAUGAUGCAGCAUUAUUCAAGGAUAUCCCGGAUUCAUUUUUAGACAUAUCUCCCAACUCUUAUCCCCUUGUUAUAACUUUUCGUAAGCUUCUGAUGAUGCUAGAUGGAACUGUGGGGGUUUCAUUCUUUGAAAGGUUCCCCGAUCUAAGGGAUCUUUGUCGUGGCCAAUCCUUCAAUUCUAGACCAGUGGCCUUACAAAGUCUUCUAAGAGCAAAGGAAGUUACUUACGAAAAGUUUUGUGCUGUUUAUUGGCCUCACUUCAAUGACAAGAUAAGGAGGCUUGAUCCUUCCAGAGUCUUCACUGAAAUAAUGUCCCACGUAAAGGGUGGUCUUCCACCAGCAGAUGGUUGUGAAGGCAAACUUGACAGACCAGCUUAUGUUUCUAUUUCGGAGGGUCGUGUCUCCACUCUGAGUUUUCAGAGAAGAGAAGAAAUUUAUGAUGCUUUUGAGGAUUAUGAAAAGAUGAAAAUGAAAAAUGGUGAAUUUGAUUUGGCCGAUCUUGUCAAUGAUCUUCAUUGCCGUCUUCUUCAUGGGCAGUUUGCUGGUAACGUGGUGGAUUUUGUAUAUAUUGAUGAAGUGCAGGAUCUCACCAUGAGGCAAAUUUCACUGUUCAAGUAUAUCUGUAGAAACGUUGAUGGGGGCUUUGUGUUUUCUGGUGACACUGCACAAACUAUUGCAAGGGGAAUAGACUUCAGGUUUGAAGACAUAAGGUCCCUUUUCUACAAGGAGUUCUUGAUGGAUUCAAUGGAUGGACCUGAUAUCAGAAUGGAAAAGGGAUGUCUUUCCAAAAUUUUCCAUUUGAGCCAAAACUUCCGCACUCAUGCUGGUAUACUCAAACUGGCGCAGAGUGUUGUUGAUCUUCUUUACCAUUUUCCCCUUAUCCGUUGA